CAGGGGAAAGAAAAAUGGCGGCACAUGCGAAUAGGUUUUUAACUAGUGAAAUGUUAUUAUUCCGCUAGAUAAAUAUGACGAUAUUAUUUGGCGAUAUUAUUUUUUUGACCUCGAUUUCGAAUUAUGUUUGUGUUUGCCUUUUUAUUUCCUUUUAACCCAAUGCUAGUUACGCUUUUAUUUAGCUGACAUAUUCAUUUUAGCAAAACUAACGUUGGAUAGGAUACAUUUUUUUGUAGAUAACGUUAAGGAAAAAACUGGCCAUGGUCCGCUUGAUUAUAUAGUCAGCAAACGUAUUUUUAGGUAGCUAACGCUAGCUAGUUAACGUGCGGUCUUGUUUGAACCAGCCACUCAGUGCCCUUAUGCAUGACUUCGCUAAGUUAAUGUUUACAUUUGUUCUGAAACAACCAAUGCCAGCUAGCUAACCAACAUAACUAGACUAAUACGACCACAGGAUUUCUUACGCUAUCGAAAUGAAUGUGUGGCUGUGCCCCACCAAUCGGUAAUUUUGCAGACAGUGCUACUUUUAUUAUUUUAUCAUUGUAAUUGGUAUCACGAAGUAUCGUUUGGUAGUGAGCUAAGUAGUUGCGGCCCGUGUACCCGCGAUGAACGGGAAGCUCAUACCACUCACACCCGUAGCUGUAGACUUCUGGCAGGUGCGAAAAUGCAGCCACGUGCGGCUGUUCUUCCUGUCGCAUAUGCACGCCGACCACACCGUGGGCUUGACCUCGACAUGGACCAGGCCAAUCUACUGCUCUCCCACCACCGCUAAACUUCUCCAACUGAAACUGCAGGUGAAGCGGAAAUGGAUCCAUCCGCUGGAGGUGGGCGGAGCCCACCUGCUUCCGCUGGACGACAUCGGCAAAGAGACGAUGACAGUGUCCCUGAUCGAUGCCAACCACUGUCCCGGGGCUGUGAUGUUCCUCUUUGAAGGGUACUUUGGCACCAUUCUCUAUACAGGGGAUUUCCGCUACACUCCGGCGAUGUUGCGGGAGCCGUGCCUCCGGGCGCAGACGCACAUCGACGUCCUAUACCUGGACAACACCAACUGCGACCCCACCCGCACCCUCCCCUCCCGCCAGCGAGCUGCCCAGCAGAUCAAAGAGUUGAUCCGCGCUCACCCCGGGCACACCAUUGUCAUCGGUGUGUACAGACUGGGUAAGGAGGCGCUGCUGGUGGAGCUGGCCCUGGAGUUCCGCACGUGGGUGGAGGUGAGCCCUGAGCGGCUGGAGACCCUGAUGGCCCUGGAGCUGCCUGACGUCUUCACCACAGAGCCCGGGGCGGGUCGCAUCCGGGCCGUGGACAGGUCCGAGGUGCACGCCGCAAACCUGGCCGCCUGGAACCGCCAGCGCCCGACCCUGGCCAUCCUUCCCACCAGCCGCCCGCCCCUCUCCUUCCACCCGGCCGUGCACGUGGUGCCCUACUCCGACCACUCCUCCUACCGGGAGCUGGAGGACUUCGUCUCGGCCCUGCGGCCCGCCACCCUCGUCCCCAUCGUGGGCGCGUACGCCCCCUGCUUCUCGGCCCUGCUCAGCCCCCGGAAGAAGAGGCGCCCCGUGCUCGUGCCCGAGUCCGUGCGCCGCUACAUGGCCGCGCCGUGCGGCAGGGGUCCGGAUCCCCGGUCCGGAGCCGACCCUCCCGCCUGCCGCCUGUGGUGCCAGGCCCGGUGCUCCACCCCGCGUGGCGUGGUGUUCGAGUCUCCGAAAAGCGGCCGCCGGUCCCCCGGGAUGGAUGGGCUCCGAGGUCAGGAGCUGCAGGAGGCCGAGCCUCCAGACCCAGCCUCUCCCGGGGAACGUCACGACAGCGGGGAGGAGCUGGACGACGUUUCGGAACCGUCGAGGGUCCGCCCGCCCCUCGUUUUGUGCGGGAGGGCCACGGGUGGGGCACGGAAUGGCGACAGCCCCGCAAGCGUUUCGGCGGACGAAGAGGUGGCAGGGGAAUACCUCACCGCCGUUUCGCUAAAGCCCAGGAACCUAGUCGUGCCUGCACCCGCUCGGUCUCUCCGCAUGUGCCCCUUAAAGAGGAGGAGCGAAUCGUCUGUCGAGGAGCCCGACUCAACUACCGGCACCGUUGCCAAAAAAGCUAAAGCCGAUACAGACACAGUCUGCUAUCCCACAAUCCCUCUGUGCCUCGCCGAACCCAGCUCCAGUACCGAUGCGGACUGCGAGUCCACAAUCCCUCUGUGCCUCUCUGCAAGGCAUCCCGAGCCUGAGAUGUCGGAUCGGUCUCAGGACGCUGUCGAGACAUUGCAGUCUUCGCUGGGUAACGUCACGUUACCCAGUAAGGACGUGGAACGGAGUUAUGCGGUGCAAGGUUUCCACCUUCUAGGCGGGUACCAAAUCGCACCAACAAACCUCUGCCACCGGGGUCUUGACGCCUUCGACAACGCCAUGGAGAGGGCCCUCGCUCAACACAGACAGAAAGAUCCGACAGCAGCCUCGUAGAAGUACUCUUCAGUUUCCAUUACCCACUCCCUCCAAUCACAGUUUGUCUUAUUUAUGAGAUGCGUGUGGGCCUUUAAGAUGUGUCACCGCUCUGAAACUUGUCCCAACAGAAGUUUAAAUGGAAACCAACACCCAGUCAUAUAGGGGUAUUUUUUUUGAAGGGGAAAUGGCAUGCAACUCAUUUCAGUUUAAUACAAACUUUUUUUACAUCUUCAUAUUGUGCAAUGAUGAUGACUUUGAAAAGCUAAAUUAUGUUACUUCCCGAUUUCCGUACUGUUCAGUUGGUUGUCCAGUCCGUAACUCUACUGUAUUAUGGAAAUGCUUGUUUGGCACGGGUACUUCCGUUUGCCAAUGAAACUACAUGUUCAUUAUGAUUAUGUUUAUUCUUCACUCGAGAAGCCUGUCCUUACCCGUUGCAAUUAUGCUAACACAAACCAUGUGCACUAGUAUUUAUUCAUUAAUAAUGAACCCUUCAUCUUAGCACAGUGAGUCUUAGGCUUCAUCCUGGAGACCCAUUGUGUAUGCUGGUAAUUGCAAAAUAAUUUAUAUGCAAAUAAUUGCAACCUCUGAAUCGAGCAAGCUGUUGACUGCUUUUCAAAUGGAAAGACAAUUUGAAGACACAUUUCUGUCUGAUUGAAUUGUAGCCUGUCAAUUGACCCUAAUGGGCUGCUGGUUACCGAAAGUCUCUGGUCUCUGAAACUAAACCAUUUGUGGAAAAUUAAAAGCUGAGACAAAAUCCAAUGCACAAAAGCCAGAAGAACUCUAUCAGCCUUGAUUGAAUGUAAAAAUUGCGUACCCAGGGGGUGCCCCAGGAUUGAGUUUGAGGACCCCCUCUGUAGCUCAUCCAUGUUAUUUUUUUGAACCAUGAUAAGUAUUAAAUCCUGUCUUGUCACUUUUUGUAAUGUUGCCUUGAAAUGUCCUGCAGUGUUAAAGUUUGAUUAAAAAAAAAAUUCUAAUAAUAA